AUGAAUAAUACAAACAAAAAUGAAUCAGCAGACACUACACGAGUUCAAAAUUUAGCUUUAUCUAAUGAAUUAUCAGAAGAAAAAGUUCAAGAUUUUCAAGCUGCUUUUAGUCUUAUGGAUUCACAAUCAAAAGGUUAUGUGUGUCCAAAUGAUAUUGUUCGCGUUGCACAAGCUGCAGAUAUGACAUUUGCUGAGAAUGAAGCUGAAUUAUUAGUUGGUUCAGCUGAUGAAGAUCAUUCAGGUGGACUUGACAUGAGAGAAUUUAUAUCAAUAAUGACAACACAUGUUAAUCCACAAGAUUUAGAAGAAGAGCUUCGACAGACAUUUCGAGUUUUUGAUAAAGAUGGAAAUGGAACAAUUAAUGCUAAUGAACUUAAAAGAUUUGUCAGAUUAUGGGAUAGUGAAUUAACUGAAGAUGAAGCGAAUGAUAUGAUUAAUCAAGCAGAUCCAGAUAACACUGGUUCAAUUAAUUAUAAGGAUUUUGUAGAAUUUCUUUUACAUAAAUAA